CUCCGACUGCGCUGCCGCCGCUUCCGGGCCAACAUGGCGGCCGCGUGGGUGCUGAUGCGUGCCCUCCGCCAGGGCCAGGGCUCGGGUCCGGACUGGCUGCGGGGCCCCUGCUCGGGCUGGGGCCUAGGGCUCUACGCUGGGGUCGGGAGGAGGUGGCCGUACUUCGUCCACAAGACGCCAAUGGGUGUCGCCGGGGCUGGAGGCCGAGCCUUGCAGCAACAGCAGACCAGGAAUGAGAGUUUGCAAUUGCGACUGCUAACUCCUACCUUUGAAGGGAUCCAUGGAUUAUUAUUGAAACAGCAUCUAGUCCAGAAUCCAGUCAGACUCUGGAAGCUUUUAGGUGGCGCUUACUAUUUUAACACCUCAAGGAGGAAGCGGAAGACUAAGGACCAUGAUGAGUCCAAGGGGAGGACCCCCGAAGAUGAUGAAGAGGAGAGGAGGCGCAAGGAGAGGGAGGACCAGAUGUACCGAGAGCGACUGCGCACCUUGUUUGUCAUCGCCGUUGUCAUGAGCCUGCUGAAUGCACUCAGCACCAGCGGGGGCAACAUUUCCUGGAACGACUUUGUCAAUGAGAUGCUGGCCAAGGGCGAGGUACAGCGGGUCCAGGUGGUGCCCGAGAGCGAUGUGGUGGAAGUGUACCUGCACCCUGGAGCCGUGGUAUUCGGGCGUCCUAGACUGGCCUUGAUGUACCGAAUGCAGGUGGCAAACAUCGACAAAUUUGAAGAGAAGCUUCGAGCGGCUGAAGAUGAGCUGAAUAUCGAAGGCAAGGACAGGAUUCCAGUUUCCUAUAAGCGUACGGGAUUCUUUGGAAAUGCCCUCUAUGCCUUGGGGAUGACAGCAGUAGGCUUGGCCAUCCUGUGGUAUGUUUUUCGUUUGGCUGGAAUGACUGGAAGGGAAGGAGGAUUCAGUGCUUUUAAUCAGCUUAAAAUGGCUCGUUUCACGAUUGUGGAUGGCAAGAUGGGGAAGGGAGUUAGCUUCAAAGAUGUGGCAGGAAUGCAUGAAGCCAAACUGGAGGUCAAAGAGUUUGUGGAUUAUCUGAAGAGUCCAGAGCGCUUCCUUCAGCUUGGCGCCAAAGUUCCGAAGGGUGCACUUUUGCUUGGGCCCCCUGGCUGUGGGAAGACACUGCUGGCCAAGGCCGUGGCGACAGAGGCCCAGGUGCCCUUCUUGGCGAUGGCCGGCCCAGAGUUCGUGGAGGUUAUUGGAGGCCUCGGUGCUGCCCGUGUGCGGAGCCUCUUCAAGGAGGCCCGGGCCCGGGCCCCCUGCAUUGUCUAUAUCGAUGAGAUUGAUGCUGUGGGCAAGAAGCGCUCCACCAGCAUGUCUGGCUUUUCCAACACAGAGGAGGAGCAGACUCUCAACCAGCUUCUGGUGGAAAUGGACGGAAUGGGCACCACCGACCAUGUCAUCGUCCUGGCAUCCACCAACCGAGCUGACAUUUUGGACAAUGCUCUGCUGAGGCCAGGCCGACUGGACCGACAUGUCUUCAUCGACCUCCCCACGCUGCAGGAAAGGCGGGAGAUUUUCGAGCAGCACCUGAAGAGCCUGAAGCUGACCCAGGCUAGCAGCUUUUACUCUCAGCGUCUGGCAGAACUCACGCCGGGAUUCAGUGGUGCUGACAUCGCCAACAUCUGUAAUGAGGCUGCCCUGCACGCUGCCCGGGAAGGGCACACAUCUGUCCACACGUUUAACUUUGAGUAUGCUGUGGAGCGCGUCAUUGCGGGGACGGCCAAAAGGAGUAAGAUCCUUUCAAAGGAAGAGCAGAAGGUGGUUGCAUUUCAUGAGUCAGGCCAUGCUUUGGUUGGCUGGCUGCUGGAGCACACUGAGGCUGUGAUGAAGGUCUCCAUCGCCCCUCGGACAAAUGCUGCACUGGGCUUUGCUCAGAUGCUUCCAAGAGACCAGCACCUCUUCACAAAGGAGCAGCUGUUUGAGCGGAUGUGCAUGGCCCUGGGUGGCCGUGUAUCGGAGACCAUCUCCUUCAACAAGGUCACUUCCGGGGCACAGGACGACCUGAGGAAGGUCACUCGUAUCGCCUAUUCCAUGGUGAAGCAGUUUGGGAUGGCACCGAGCAUUGGGCCCAUCUCCUUCCCUGAGGCUCAGGAGGGCCUUAUGGGCGUUGGACGGCGCCCCUUCAGCCAGGGCCUCCAGGAGAUGAUGGAUCACGAAGCUCAAUUGCUGGUAGCCAAGGCCUACAGGCACACAGAGAAGGUGCUGCAGGACAAUCUGGACAAGCUGCAGGCGCUGGCAAAUGCACUACUGGAAAAGGAAGUGAUAAACUACGAUGACAUUGAGGCCCUCAUCGGCCCACCUCCUCACGGGCCCAAGAAGAUGAUUGCACCUCUGAAGUGGAGUGACGCUGAGGAGAAGCAAGAUGCUGGAGAGGAGGAGGCGCCUCAGCAUCCCCCGCUGCGAGGCGAGGAGCCGUCUUAGCCCAAAUAGCUGGACCCUGGAAGUGAACUCUUUACUUAGCUGUCCCUCAAGUUCCUUUUCACCUGAGGCUUGUACCUCCUCAUAGCCCUCACUGGGCCCUGCUGAAGGAUUUCGGAGAUCUAUUGGUUUCUCUACCUGUGAUUAGUAAAGACUAUGCAGAGAACAGUUUAGUUUUGUUUUUUGUAGAUCGCUUUCCUCCAUGGGGAGGGAUGUCAGUACUUGUUAUAGGUAUGUGUAUGGAGGAGUUCCCAGGUUUUUGACACUUGUUUCAUGGGUGCUGGGUGGAUCUAGGGGCAGCUGGGCACUCAAGCUCAUGACAGAGCUUGUGCAGGGGCUUAGCCCAGCUCCUGUGACUUCGUUAGUAUGCUAACAGGAUCCUCUUUGAAAGUGCACUGAGUCAAAGUCCUUGUCCUCAGUCCUCAACGGGGUUACAGAAUAGGGGGCAGGCUGUAGGAGAUUAAAACACUGCCACCUACUGCCAUGUGGAUGGAUGUGUACAAGAACCUCUCCUCACUGGUCUAGUGACACCACGUGGGGGAUAGCUGAGGACUGUUGAUAGUUCACAGUGGAGAAUCCAACUUUGUACCAUGUGUCCAGCUCUAACCCAGAGGGGCUGUUGGGUGUGUUCUGGAUCACGGGAUUAUGUUUGCAGGUUAUAAUUUCAGCAAUUGGAGAACUCCUUUGGUAGAAAUCUGGGAUAAAGGGCCUAGGAUAUCCUGUCACUGCAAGACAGGCAAGUCCACUCAGCUCCCAUCUCCUUGGGUGCAUGCAACGUGCACUCAGGUGCUCCUGCCUGCUGCUCUCAUCACUUCUGCCACCCUGUGUGGUGGCAUUUGGAGCCAUGGCUUAUGGAUACUUCCUGACAAAGUGGUGGUUCUAUUCCUGCUUCCUCACUCAGUGCCAAGAAAACGACUGCUGAGCUGUAGGUGGGUGGAUGCAAGUGCAGUUACAUACCUGAGGGUGGGCAGCUCUGAGAGCAUGACUUUUUGAGGACACUUUUACCUUUGCCCCAGUUCCUCAAUUCAUUUCCAAAGAUCUGCAUAGUGAGGAGGAUUCUUGCUGGUGUCUGGGCCUGCAUGUGGUAUCCUUUAUCCUGUAAUGGUGGAUAUAGCCAAGCUCAUUCCUCCUUUUAUACAUUAAAAUGGCCCAUGUCUGUUCAUCCUUUGGAAAAUCAUUUGCUGAGCAUCAGAAGAUGCUUAGGCAGGAAGAGGAUGUAAAUACAUGAAAGGGCUGCCUUGCCAUAGCGGGGGAAGUUGUAGCUGGCUUUCUGGCACUUGCUGGUGUGAGUGGGCUCAGGGCUCCUCAGCCACUGGGGGGUUGCUAUGUGCUCUGAUUGAUAGUUGUUUGCUGACUUUGACUCUGAUUGGUCAGAUUAAGUCACCUUCCUGUCAUGAAACAUGGCAUUUGAGAAGUGCCAGGAAUUACACCUCCUGUAUCUCAUGUGUGGGUGAUGCUUACACCUCCUUUAAAGUGGAUUCUCAAGAUGAAGAGGCUUCAGCAACAGCACAUGGUCCCUGGAGCAGCCAGAUGAAACCCGGCAACCUGUGUGCUUGAUGCUGGGACCAAAACCCUGACCUGCCUGCCACCUGGCAGAGCCAGUACAUCAGGGCCUGAUUACAGCUUCUGGAACUGUCUUUUGUGUAAGUUAGGCAUGUGAAAUCUCACUGAGAUAAACACGUUCUUUAAAUAAAUGUGUAUAUUUAACACAA